AUGAAUGAGUAUCUAAAACAUCCCGUGUCAUUCUACGUUUUGAAUAUGCGAAUGUGUAACGGCAACUUUUCUGAAAUAUGGAAAAAUUUGGAGUUUCGACCGAUGGAAGACAUUGUCAUAAUAAGCGUAAGAAAUGCUCCCCUUUGUGAGAAUCUCAGAUGGCACAUCCAAGCAAAGGUAGAAAAGUGUGCAAACCGAAAUAACCUGUACAAAUUUGUGAAUCCUAAUUUCAAAUUCGAAAAGAGUUUUUUUAUUAUUAUGAUAAAAGGGGACCUGUAUGAAGAUAUCAAGAAUGUGUAUUGCAAAAGUGUCAAUUUGUGUGUGAGAAAUGCUUUUGGAAAAACUUACAAGAAAAUUAUGAGACGCUACUUCGAUCAUUUCAUGGCACACAAAUUGAGUCGAUGGCAAGGUGAUACAGGUAGAAUGGGAAGAAUUGAGAUGGAUGGAGGUGGAGAGACACAAUAUGAUGCAACAAUUCUGAAUAAUCACAUUCAAAUCCGAAUCGGCAAUAACACGUAUUACAACAGCAUGAGUAGACAUUUCGAUAAAAAAGAAAUGACAAAGACAAGUUUCAAGUUGCUAGCUGAAGAAAAAAGUUCGCUUCUGUGUGGAAACCGAGAUGGACGAUAUAACAAGAAGGAGAAUUGUGUAAGGAAGAGAAGUUGCACAUGUCGCAAAUGUCGUAGAUGUCGUAGCGAGAACCUGACAUGUGCAGGAUGGGAUACAUUUCUUCAAUGUAAUAGGGAGAAUGGCAAAAGUGUGAAGGGGAAAGGAGACCAUGAAAACGGAAUAACCUGCAUAACAUUCACAAUUAAAAACGUAAGCUUAUGUAUAUGCAUAUCGGAAUUUGAUUUUCAUAAAUUUGGAGAAGGAGUGGAUUAUUACAAAUAUUUGUUCAAACUUAUAAGAAAGAAAAAAGGAAAGAAGGAGAAAAACAUAAUUUAUGAGUCUGAUCCUCAAAUGAAGUACACAAAAUUGUGGCUAAAGAGUUAUCAUAUAUACUGUAAACAACUAUACAACUAUUUUAUGAACAAGAUAAUUUUCGAAACACAAAAUGAUGAUUUGCAUUUAUUCAAUAUGGACAUUAUCAUACUUCAAGGAUUUGACAAUUUUCUUUUGUUUAAUGAUGAUGGUGUAGAAAAUAAAAAUGUCUUACAUAGCAACGAUUCCUUCAGUUUUGAUAAGAGUGUUGUAAUUCUAAAUAGAAAUAAAAAAAAUAUGCUACAAAAAAGAUCCUAUAGUACCUUGACAAUGUCAGAUAAAAAUGACAAAUUAAUUUCCUUUGGUUUUAAAUUUUCUUGUGAUUUACUUACACAAGUGGGAGUUAACAUGGUGGAUGAUUUCUUUUUUCCCUUUCCCCCUUUGCAAGACACAAGACUGAAAGAUAGAAAUGUGGAAAUUUAUGUGCAUCCAGAGAUCAUCGAGUUAGAUUCAGUCUACACGCAUCAUAUUUAUCAAGUCGCUUUUGAGCUGCAUUAUCGGGAAAGAAGUUCCCUCGGUUCGAUGGGAAAAGGUCGCCUCGGUUCGAUGGGAAAAGGUCGCCUCGGUUCGAUGGGAAAAGGUCGCCUCGGUUCGGUGGGAAAAGACCGCUUCGAUUCGAUGGGAAAAGACCGCUUCGAUUCGAUGGGAAAAGACCGCGUCGAUUCGAUGGGAAAAGACCGCUUCGAUUCGAUGGGAAAAGACCGCUUCGAUUCAGAAGCGAAUAGUUUGUCCAAAACAAAUUUUGGGAUCAUCAGGAAGAAGAGCUUCUACCUGCACCACAGAGGAAAAGAAAAUUUGUGUACACACAAAGACGUACCAGCACCGGGGGUGAAAGGGAAAGGGCGAGAGAAUCAUUUGGGAGCCAUUUUUGAAUCUUCUUUACCCAAGUUGAUGGGAAAAAAAGGGUUCAUCGGCAAGGCCGUGCAGCAAGGACAUGGGGGUAGCAGAUGUAGCAGCAGAUGUGGCAGCAGAAGUGGUAGCAGAAGUGGUGGAGGGACGGAGAAAAGGGAGGUGUCGUUUUCAGUGCUAUGCCUGGACUCGAGAAAGAAGUGCACCGUUCCAAUUAACUUAUAUUCAUAUCUGCAUCUAAAGAAAAUGUCUAUUUUCAAGUAUUUAGAGGAAAAUAUGCGCUUCAAGUCGGAAGAGAAGAAUGAGAAUUCACAAAGUGGGGAAAUGCCGAAAGGUUCACCUGCAAGGGAGAGUAAGAACUUUGACAUUUUACGACAUGUGUAUGUACAUCCGCACAAAGGAAUUAUAAAAAGAAACGAAAAGAAAAAAAUAAAAUUAAACUUAUAUAUUGAACGCAUGCUAAGGGAAGAUGUAAUAGUCAAUGGUAACUUCAUUUUAAUUAUUCGUGUCCAUAAUUUUUGCAAAGACAUUUUUCUAACCAUUAAAUAUUCUUUGAAGAAUAAUACAAUAAGUGCACUUAUUCAGAAUGAUACCAUAAACAAUUCUCCAGCUACAUCACAGAAUAGAGACUCAGGUGAGUGCAUCACAAUCAAACCUGUAGAACAAACGAACACAUUUCAAAAAAAAAACAAAUUGGUUGAGUCAAAACAAAUUAAAAUGUUGAAGACAGAUGUAAAUUGUCAACACAGUAGAGUAGAUACAAAAUCAGGGGGAGAUCCCAAAUGGGUAUUUAAUGACAUACCUUGGUGGAGCCAAAAAAUUAUAGUAAAUAGGGAUAAUACACAUUCCUUUUUACCAUCGAAUUUUACAAAAUUUGUUUUUUAUUCAUUUUUUAUGAUAGAUCAAUGUGAACGGGAAUUGUUAAAUCCAAGUACCUGCACUGAUGAACGAGACUGUGAAAGUGUGUAUAACCAAGAGCAAAUGUCUAACCAGUUAUGUGAUGAAUUGUUUUACCCAUUCACACUGUCAAACGUUAGUAAUGAACAUCUCAUUUACUGCUUCAGACCACCAUACUCUGAGAGAACAAGGAAAAAUGAAAGCGAGUGUGACUUUAACUAUGUGUGGAAAAAGCAUUUUUUUUAUGUGCAAUAUUGCGAUCAGAAUUAUUGGGCAGUCAAAUCGGGUGCAGUCAAAAAUGAGAGAACCCCAAAUGAGCGAGCCCCAAAUGAGCGAGCCCCAAAUGAUAGCAUAACCGAGAAAGCAAAUUAUCUAGUCGGAAAGCUGAAAAAUAAUGAAAAAGUGGAAAAACGAAUAUCUAUAGGAACAAUUUUGUUAUUGUGCGAAGAACUGUUCCACAUAUUAAACACAAGUAUGAUGAACUUUGCAAAUGUGGUUCCGAUGAUAAAAAAUAUAUACAACAAUUCCCAAGUGGGGAAAAGGAAAAAAAUGUAUUUAAUCUUUUACAUCAUUUUGACAAAUUCCCCAUGUGUGCUUUACAAAAAUAUUUUUUUAGUUUUUGUAUCUUUUUUAAAAAAAAUGUUCAUAUAUUUUGUAUGUGUUUUAUUCCAAAAAUUUUAUGCAUCCAUUGUAUGGAGGAGGCCACAAAUGUCUAAAAAAUAUUUAUUACCAAAGCGAAUGCAAAAUCAUUAUUUUAAGCAAUUUCUUAAUUGUUUUCAUUUUUUCCAUAUUUCUUUUUUGACAUAUAUGUGUACAUCUUUUUUGAGCUUUUUAGAUCAUCAAAUUGGUUUCGAUUUGGUGCACUACUUGCUUUUCCACUUAUAG